AUGCUAGACACGGUCCUGGCAGUCAUCGAAGAGAUUUGCGAACAAAAGUUCGGUAUGGGCAUUGACUUUGACAAAGUACUGGAGAUGGACGCCUCUUAUUCAGCUAAAGUCUCCCGCCAUGUGAUCGUACCGAUCUUCCACCGGUGCUUCAAAAACGUCCACGAACAGAUGCGGUACUUCAUGGAGGAGGUCUGCAACCUGAUCCGCAACCGCGCCUCUGACGGGGACAGACUUUGCAAAGAGCUGCUGGUCAACCAAGCUCCUGGCCUCCCCCAAACUCUAUUCAUCGACUUAGGCGUUUACACGAAGAGCAGACACCUACGAUGCCUCCUGUCGAGAAAACUAGAAGGACCAUCUGUUCCCUUUGUGCCGACCUGCAGGUACUUCAAGGACGAGGACCUCACGCUACAGCUGAUUCACUCCUUGGGUUCCAACGUGUCCAUCACCAGCUCACCUCUGCCGGACGUCAGGCGCAUGCAAUCGUCGGUACUGUUCGCUGGUGAAAACGGGAACUACAUCUCUUUUCGGUUCAGAGGAACCAACUUCUGCUUUAACGUCAUGAGGGAGCACAGCCAGAACCGGGGCUACCGAUCGCCUGCCAACAGCUUACCGGAGCAUCUCGUCAGCGAAGCAGUGCAUGUCGUGCGCUCCCUCUUGGAGGUACCUUCUGCAGCACGCACGGGCUACGUUCCAGAGCCUCAUGCACAGGAAGCUUCGCCGCCGGACAUCGAAGGUGCUUCACCCGAGCUCGAAGCGAGCGUGACACUCGCCGGCCUCGCACAGAGACCUGCGCACGCCGACAAUCAGCACCGCAGCAGUUUCGACGAUUCAGCCCCCGCGAGCGCCCUUCCUGGAAGCGACCACUCGCCAGACAGCCCACAGACUCCACGGACAGGGCUCCAACCUUCUCCAGAGGUGCCGUCUUGUCACGAAGACUCAGACCCUGCGGCCACUGAGCUGCUUCCGGCGUGGGCGGAUACAACGCCUCUGCCUUCAUCUGAUGACGAAGAUGACGUCAGCAAACCGAGCGGGAACGGAGGAGUCGGGACCACGGAGAUCCUGGAGGACGGUCAAGCGGACCCUGAUCCAGAGUGCGGCAGCCAGAUGGGGAGUUAUGCAGAGACAAGGAUGCAGACUGUGGGCGGUGCGCAUGGCCGAACCCCACAGCUACUAGAUCGAGAAAGUCAAUCCGACGAGCAGAUCGUUAGAGCAAUCGAAGCAGAAUCGGGCGUGAUCGAAGCACGCGAUCUUCUAGGGAUUUAG